UUUAUUUGAUCACUAAUUAAAAUUAAAAUUAGUUUUAAAAGCAUGGUGAAGACUUUGACUGGUAUAUUUUUUUUUUUUUCCUAUGAAUGAAUACUUUCCUAACAAACCAACCACCUUAACAAAUUACCAAAACACCAAAAGAGAGAAAACUUUACUUUAUAUGGCAAGUAAGGGUAUUUUAGUAAUAUGAAACGAAUAGCUUCACUGUCCGUUAUAUAUGGAAACAAUCACAAGGAAGAAGAAGAUCAGAAGAAGAUCAGAAAAUGCAGCAGCUCCGACUUUCAUUCGCCGGCGCCGGAGCUUCAGUCCUCUCUAUCAUCUUCUUCCUUGCAUUCGUCUCCACGACGGAGGCGCAUAACAUCACGCGUAUACUCGCCAAGUUUCCAGACUUCUCUGCGUUCAAUCAUUACCUCACUCUUACGCAUCUGGCCGCCGAGAUCAACAGUCGCCGGACAAUAACCGUUUUGGCAGUCAGCAAUGAAGGAAUGGAGGAUCUAUUAUCAAAGCACCUACAGAUCUCCUUCAUUAAGAAUGUUCUUUCGUUUCAUGUGCUCCUCGAUUACUUCGACGCGAGGAAACUUCAUCAGAUCACCGGCGGAACUGCUCUAGCUGCUACAGUUUUUCAAGCUUCAGGCAAUGCUCCUGGAUCCUCUGGAUUCGUCAAGAUUACUGAUCUCAGAAGAGGCAGAGUCGGAUUUGGCGCGCAGGAUACCGGAGGGAUUAUCGACGCCGUGUUUAUCAAAUCCUUAGAAGAGAUCGCUUUCAACAUCUCCGUCAUCCAAAUUAGUAAGAUCCUGCCGCUAACAACGGCGGAGGUACCUUCACCGCCUCCAAGUCCGAUAAACAUUACUUCACUGAUGUCUGCUCAUGGCUGUAAGGAAUUUGCCGAGACUUUACUUUCGUCUGCUGCAGAGAAAGCAUACGAAGACAAUCUAGAUGGAGGAGUUACGAUAUUUUGCCCCGGCGACGAUGUUUUCAACAAAUUUAUACCAAUAUACAAGAAUUUAUCCGCCGACGAACAGCAAUCUCUACUCGAAUAUCACGGAAUUCCUCUUUAUGAAUCUCUAUCGACUUUGAGAUCCACCAAUGGUGUGAUGAACACGCUUGCUACAGAUGGAGUAGACAAGUAUGGAAUUGUGGUGCAAAAUGAUGGUGAAGAUGUAACGCUGAAAACGAAUGUUGUUACGGCGAGGAUUACGGGAACGAUAAUUGAAAAACAGUCAUCGGUAGGGAUUUUCAUGAUCGAUAAAGUUCUUUUACCGAUGGAGAUCUUCAAUGCUACUACUACUAUUUCAUCGCCAGCUCCUUCUCCAGGACCAGAUGAUGACGUUGAGAAGCCAAAAUCACCGCCGCCGAAGGGAAAGCGACCAAAGCAUUUGUCGCCGCCGGCGCCUGAUUCUGAUUCUGAUUCUCCGGCGUUAUCUCCUGACGACGAUGCGGCGGAUCAGACGGAUGAUACUAAUAGUGGCGCCGCCGGUAACGGAUUAUCUGCCGGAGUUCCAUUGUGUAUGUUGUGGGUAUUUUUACUACUGUAACUUCUUUCUUUGUGGUUUUUUCUUCUCUUUUUACUCUUGUAGAAAGUAAAAAGAAACUUGAAUAUUGGUUGGUCCAU